CGGCCUGACUUCCGCUUCCGCUUUGCGGGGAGAGUCCUCCGGCGCUGCCGCCGCCGCCUUUUCUUCCUCCGGAGCCUCGGCGAGAGGGCCAUAGAGCGGUAGGGCUAGAGCGUCUCCCCGUUUUGCCUGUCUCGCUCUCUGCAUUGCCAAGGAGACGGAGAUCCCGGGCGGAGCCUCCUUCAAGACGGAGCCAGGCCCAAGGAGGGCGAGUCUCCUCUCCUCUCCUGGAAGCCACCUUGGUUUCUGAGUCCAGGAGGAAGAGGGCUUAAUCCUGACCUUUGACCUUCAGGUUCAACCUCUGACCUCCCUCCCUGUGUGUGACCUUUGAACCCAUCCUGAGCAGAGGAGUCCUUGGUUUCUUCUUUUCCUCUUCCUCCUCCAAAGGCAAUCUGUUCCUCUCUCUCUCUCUGUGCCUUCUCUCUUUAUUACAUUUCCAGAUCUCCUUCUUGGACCUGUUAUUAUCGUUAUUAUCAAGAAACAUCCGCUGAAAGGCCAUUUGCAAACAGUGGGUUGCCUUACUUUCCCACCCAUUUUGUCAAGAUUCCUCCAUUUGGCAAAGAGGAAAAGCCUUGGCUAUGCCCCCAGGUUGGGGGAAGAAGCGGGGAGGCUGAAAGGCCUGCUUUGGACCCGGGGGGCUCCGGUGGGACUGCGGCCGAUCCGUCAUCAUCCGCCGGCUUCGAGUCUUAAUACGCCUGGGACCUAGAACAGAGGAACCCGAGGAGCGUCGCCUGUGGAGAGAAGGAACAUCGAGGUCGAAUUAUCCGAGUGUUUCUCAAAAUGGCUGCCUUGCCUAGGUGGCCACAGACUGGGAAUGCAGUGCACUAGGGAGAGCAGACCCAUGAUAUAGGAGCAGCUUGGGAGAGCCCCACAAAGCAAGCUGGGUUCUUUUGUGCUUGGAUACAGGGGACCCAUUGCCUUAAAGGGUCUUUGGGAUUUUUCUUGACCUGGACAGUCUGCUCACACAACAUUAGCCAGUUACACCCUGAAGGUGUCACCAGGAAGCUUGUGGUGUGUGGGGGAGAACACAGCUACUUUCCCCACUGCCUGCACCAACCACUGCCACCACCAUGUCGACCUCUUCCCUGCGCCGUCAGAUGAAGAACAUUGUCCACAACUACUCUGAAGCAGAGAUCAAGGUGCGAGAGGCCACAUCAAAUGACCCAUGGGGCCCCUCCAGUUCCCUCAUGUCUGAAAUCGCUGACCUCACCUACAAUGUGGUGGCCUUCUCUGAGAUCAUGAGCAUGAUUUGGAAGCGCCUCAAUGACCAUGGCAAGAAUUGGCGUCACGUCUAUAAGGCCAUGACACUGAUGGAAUACCUGAUCAAGACAGGUUCAGAGCGAGUGGCUCAGCAAUGCAAGGAGAACAUCUAUGCCAUUCAGACGCUAAAGGAUUUCCAGUAUGUUGACCGUGAUGGCAAGGACCAAGGGGUCAAUGUGCGGGAGAAGGCCAAGCAGCUGGUGGCCCUUCUUAAAGAUGAUGAGCGGCUCAAAGAGGAGCGGGCCCAUGCUCUCAAAACCAAGGAGAAGCUGGCCCAGACUGCAACUGUUUCUUCAGCUUCCACAUCUUUGGCAAAUGCCCCAGUGGAAGCGGAGCAGGCUUGGCCCCAGAGCAGCGGGGAGGAAGAGCUGCAGCUACAACUGGCGCUGGCCAUGAGCAAAGAGGAAGCGGAGCAGGUAAGCGCCAAGCCCCCUGCAGUGGCCGACGAAGACCUACAGCUCCAGCUAGCCCUUAGCUUGAGCAAAGAGGAACAUGACAAGGAAGAGCGGAUCCGGCGCGGGGAUGACCUACGACUCCAGAUGGCCAUUGAGGAGAGCAAGAAGGAGACUGUGCCCACUAAAGAGGAGUCGUCCCUGAUGGAUCUCACUGAUGUCUUCACCACUCCACCUACUGCUGAUCCCUGGGGUGCCACUCCUGCUCCAGCUGACCCCUGGGGUGGUCCUGCCCCAGCUGUAUCCGCAGCUCCCACUGACCCAUGGGGACCAGCCACUACCGGAGCAGCCUCCACAGGAGAUCCAUGGGGGACCACCACGGCACCUCCUGCAGCUCCUUCAGACCCAUGGGGAGGGCCCCCAACUGCAAGCACUGACCCCUGGAAACCUGAAGGUGGGGUUUCUGCUGGGACAACAACAGCCCCAUCCACAGACCCAUGGUCAUCCACUCCAGCUCCUGCAUCCCAGGGGAAACCAGCACCUGAUCCUUGGGCUCCAGCAUCUACAUUUUCAGAUCCCUGGAGUGGUUCCCCUUCCAAACCCAGUACCAAUGGCACUGCAACUGGCGGAGGCUUUGAGCAGUUUGGUGGUCCUGGGGACGGGGAUGAAUUCUCAGAUUUCGACAGCCUGCGCCCAUCGCUGCCCAAAUCCGGGAGCAGCACAGGUGAGCUCUCACUCUUAGCCGGCGAGGUGCCUAUUUGCCGGCCUGGGAGUGGCACUGACAGCCCCAAUGCUUUUGACAUGGCAGCUAUGAGUGGAUCACUCCAAGAGACCUCCAAGCCAACACGUAAGACUCCAGAGUCCUUCCUGGGUCCCAAUGCUGCCCUUGUUGAUCUGGACUCAUUGGUCAGCAAACCCACUGCCCUUUCUAGCAGCACGAAAGCCUCCAAUCCCUUCCUACCUGCCGGUUCAGCCUCAGCCCCUGCUCCAUCUGCCUCAGCUACAAACCCCUUUCAGGCAACAGCAGCUGCUCCGCUUUCGCUCAACCAACUCCGCGUCAGUCCAGUUCUCCCUUUAUCCCAGCCAGCACCUCCUGCCUUUCCUGCCACUGCUCCUAUGGUCUCAGUCUCCCCCAUGGCCCCUGGGAUGCCCUUAGCCACUGUUUCCCCAAUAGUUGGGGUUCAGACCAUGGGGGCUGUUCCAUCUAUGGGGCUCCCUGCCAUGGGAAUGGCCCCUCAGAGUGUGGCACCUUCAGGCGUGAUCCCCAGCAGCACCUCUGCUUCCACCAUGGGGAGCACCAACCCUUUCUUGCUAUAAUCAGUGGGAACCUUCUAGCCCUUGGGUCACUACCCCCACCCCUUCGCCCUGUUUUCCCAAUUUGCAAUGGGGGCCCCUCAAAUUCCACCCACAAAAGUGGGGCAGCCAAACUUGGGCUAUGUGGGGGAUGGAAGGAAGGGGAGAGACUUGCGUCCUUUAUCACAAGCUCCUCCACUCCCAUGAGAGGGGCAGGAGGGACAUUCCCCUUUUUAGUUAUUUGGGGGGGGGGGUGAGGCAUAAAACUGCUCCCUUGCUGCUUUUUGAAGCAGUUGGGUGAGUAUGUUUUGGCUACUCUAGCGCAGUCGCCAGCAGUAGCAAUCCCUACUAAUUCUCAUUGAGUUUGUUUGGGGGGGAUGCCAGAAGGGAGACGCUAAGAAACAGCAGCCAAACUGGGGAAUGGGAGAAGGGUGGGUAGGAAAAGCAGGGGAAUCUUCUCCAAAAUCUUGGGGGUUAUUUUAUGUCCUUUCCCAUGCUUACCAUAGUAAAUACCCAUCCCAUUUUGGAUGGAAUGGCAAGUUUGGAAUAUUUUUAGCCUCACCCUCACUUUGGCUCAUAAAUCUCUUCCCUGCCCAUGAAAAAGAGCUACAGGCCAUUCUUUAAGCCCUUACAAAUGAAGUUUUCUUGGGUGGGGGAGGGAGGGCACACUGCCCUUUAAAUUAAAGGUAUCUCUGUUUUUUAAGCCCUUCAUCCCAACAUCCAAAUGUUGAUUAAAUCUUGGCGAAUCGAUUCAAUCUUCCUCCCACCCCAUUCCCACCUCUGGGACCAGCCUUUGUCUGCCUGAAGGGCAGAGGUGGGGGUGAAGUAGGUUAUGGUUGAGAUCGGUGCAGCCAUUUGCUAAGCUGGAAAUGGAUCGAGACACCAGGAAUAUAUUUGUCUCCUCCAUUCCUGGGGGCCAAGAGGAAUACCACUACUUUGAGGUCAGAGACCAAAGCUGGAGCUAAAAAGCAAACCUGGACCAUGCUACUGGGGGGCCAGAAGGGAGUCAGGACUACACCUGGCCCCUUGCCCACUCCCAAUGCUGAGAGAGAGAGAGAGUGACCACCAUUUGUAAGCAGCAUGGAGUCCCUUUGAUGCAGCACACUUGGGAGAAGAGCCUUGGAACAGCCAACAGAGCCUACUGUGAAGGGGGAACCUGGAAACUGUUAAAGGAUUCUGUGAGUCUCAAAACUUUGUCAAAAGGCACAACUUGACAAGGUGAAACUUGUGUCUUACUUGGAGAUCCAGGGAGAGCAGAAGCCCUUGUGGAUUUCAAGGGCUGUGGAUUUAAAGGACCUCCUUUUCCUCAUCUGUGAACAAUGGCAAGUCCAAAGAAGGACUCAGAAGGAGGAGUGUAGAAAAAGUGAUCAGUGCCCCUGCAAAGGACACAGUGUGUAUAUGCACUUUCUCUUUCUUUCUCCUUUGUCUUUCUCUCACCAACAAUGCACAUUGCUUGAAAAGUUUGGGAUAGAGAAGACAGACACCCUCAAGCCAUCAGACAGCACUCAACACACAGGGUGUGAACUAACACAACCUGUACCAUCACAGCUUUCCACACAUGACUUUCCUUUCCUCCCCACGCUGCAGCCUGCUCCCAUGUGCCACGCGGGAGUGCUGUGCAUGGCAUCAAAUGGAGCCCUGCUGCCUUGGUCUGACCAGCACAGAGCAGAGAAGCCUCAACUUUAUUCUGUAGACUGGUUAAACAAAGGGAGGGUGUUUCCACCUCCUGCAGAAGCCACUUAUGGAGAAGUGGGGAUGGGUCAAAGGCUGUUUGUGUGUAUGUGUGUAUGAGCGUGUGUGUAUGUGUUGCUGCUGUGAUUGUCAGUUCCUGUUUAAUGCUACAGGGGGCACUCAUUAGUACCUGGGUCAGUCUGCUAAAACCUUUGUUCCCUUCCCCUCUAUUCCUGGAAAAAAAUGUUGCAGUUGUGUUUCCUACUUCUCCCUGCCCCUCUUCUCUUCUCCCCCCCCCAAAAAAAAACAAUCAUGCCAGGGGAUAAUUUGACUCCCCACACCACGUAUAUUUGAAGAAUCAUUGUGUUGUUGGCUGGGGCCAGGCAGAGUGAUCUUGGCUGUGUGUGACACUCCUGUUGGCUCUGUCUCUCUCCCUCCCCUGCCAUUCUGAUCCUCAACCCACUCUGGUAUGCAUCAGGAAAACACUCUUAAUGAAUUGAAAUAAAUGGAAAUUCUUCUAUGGUACCCAAAGGCUUUGCCCCCUCUCCUGGGUUUGCUUUUGUGGGAGGUAGGCAGGGCUAGUCUCAGAUGACAGUUGCUCCUUCGGUUAGACUAAGGCUGGGCAGUCUGGAGUCCUUUGGGUCUUAAACUGCAACCUUAACCAGUGGUGAGUGGUGAUAGGAAUGAAUGUCAAAUAACAUCUGGAGGGCAUUAUUUUUCUACCCCGAUCGAGACCAUCAUAGUGUGCAGUGUGCUUCUUUGAACUAAAUGAGCCUCAUCUGGGGUGAUAAAGCCUU